AGCUGAUAACGAUCAACGGAUAAAAAGUCAAAACGAUUUAUUAUCGAUUUGCUGAAUAUUUAUAAUUAUAUACACUUUACAAUUUUGUAUUAACCAUAAAAUGAAAGCUUGAACGAUAAUAGUUUUACUUAUAAUAUUGCAAAAAAUAGGAAGCGUACAAUAAAGUAAUGUUACUCAAUUAUUGAUUGUAAGUUGUAAUUUAUUAUCAGCAACUUUAAAAUUAUGGAUACUGAAAACGUUUGAGGAAUAUCUUGAGACCUUAAUAUUUUCGAAUGAAAAUUUUGUACAGCAACAUAAUGUUUAGCAAAUCAAAUAAAGUUAAAUUUCAAGACCAACAAUUGGACGACUAUGUAUUAGAGAAUUCGGUGCUUAAGAGUAAACUGCAAAGUAAAAUAGAUGCACUCUCCAUAAUGAGCAAUGAACUUGAUAAAUGUUGUAUGGAGAGGGAUAGAUACAAAAUGCUAGUAGAACAAUUAAAAUGUAAGAAACACAUGCAACAUAACAAUAAUCUCGAUAGAUUUGCACCGACCAACACAAUCAGUGGCAGCGAAAUAUUAGCUAGGACAAAAGAAAGCAAUAAUAUGCUUAAAUUAGAGGUAGAGAGUUUGAAGAGUAAGCUGGAAGAAGCUAACGGUGAUAUAUUAGCGUUAAGGAAGGAACUACAGAAGAUUGGUUUUGACGAAAACAACGGGAACAAGAAAACAUGCACCGCCUUUGCGAAGACGGAUUAUGAAAUACUCGUUCAGGAUUUGGAAAGAGUUCAGAAAAAGUAUCGGCAGAUCCAGUUGGACUACAGGACGACGUUGGAUGAGAAGGAGGAAUUAGUAUCAGACCGUGACUAUUACAAAAAUAAGGUUCAAAGAUUAAUAAGUCAGAUCUUUAACAACAGUGCGAAGACGAACAGUGAGAAUUCAACCCCGUUUGUUGAUGUUGACACUCUGCUAACAGAGAACAAAUAUCUCCACGAGAGAAUAACACAGCUUCAGGUUGAGAAGGAGAUUGUUAAAAGAACUCUCACCAAGUACAAGACCUUACUCGAUAAUAGGAACAAGAGUGAGCCGUACAUCAAAAAAGGUUUCGCUGAUGUCAUGACACAGAAACAAGUCAGAGAGUAUCUGGACAUAAAUUCUAAAACUGGUUUGAAAAGAGGCUCAGCUCAGGAGUUGAAGCGAAUUUGUUUGGGAUUGUUUGAAGCACUGAAUGACAAGUCCAUAGCCUUACAGCAUCAAAGGAAGACCAACCAAAUUCUGGCAAACAGAAUAACGGAGCUGGAGAAAACUUUGGAGAGUUUGUGCAACGGACAGAAAUUCGUACCGAUAUUUCCAUCGCAGAUGCUGUUGGAUGAACUAAACGAUACCAGCUCUACCAAAUCCGACGAGUCCAGGGGAAGGUCGGGGAAACGUACGGAAAAUACCAGGAACGAAAUAAAAUAUACAAACAGCGAGGACGAAACCGCCGAGAGCAAGGAAAAUUUGCAGGAAGUGACGUACUAUGACGGCGAUAACAGGAAGUUAACUCAGAAAACUGUGCUGCCAAAGGAAUUGCAGGACUUGGUGAUAGAAGCCGCCGCUGAAAUGAGGAUGCAACAGAAGUGAAUCGCCUGAUUGUGAGGAAACUACCGAAUACGAGUGUCGAGCUAUCCGUAUAAGACCCGUUCCAUAUAAACUAUCAAAUCAAAGUUCUACCAAAAAUAUAUCUAGUCUUUUAUUAAAGUACUUAAUUUUGUACCCUCUUAUGUUAUAUUAAAAUAAAAUUGACGUUUUGUUA